CUAGUAAUCAGUUCAGGAUGAAAGAAAGUACCAACUACCAAGAAAGAAGAUGAGGCCUUCACGACCGUACGAUGAUCAUGAUUUCUCUCAUCACACCGAACAUAAAUUAUCCAACGGUUCCAAUUUAUGUAAUCUGGUAAGCCGACGGGGCAAGCUCCGAUCUACCGUUGAAGAUCACGGUAAAGCUUUCGUUAAUGGAGUCUGAUGAAGAAUUCAGACAAAAGAAAAAAAACCACUGAAGGUCAUUUAAAACCUCAAGUUCAACUCUCUUUUUUCUUUUUCUUUUUUUUUUUUCCCAUUUUUGUAAUAAUUUCUACCCAAUUUUCACUUCCCUUGAUUUUAACUUUCGAUCAUUCCCCACUCCAAAAAAUUACAGAUUCAUAAGAUCUGUAGGAAACCAUUGGAGGGGAAGAUUAACGUAGAACGGGGGUAUGGCAACAGAGACGAAGUCUGGUGUUAUGAAGGUCAAGCCCAGUGGUCAAGAUGGUUCUUCCAAAGGAAAGUUUGAUGCUUCUGCGAUUAAGAAGAAGGGUGAGAGCUCAAGCAAACAGCCUGUUGAUUCAAAGCUGAAAUCUGUUUCAAUUGUUUCUACAAAAACAGAGGUCAAAUCGAAGGCAAGCUCAAGUUCAUCCAAAACAACAACGACUAAAACAACUAAAGUAAGAGAGAAGAAGGUGUAUACAUUGCCUGGCCAGAAACAUGAUCCUCCUGAAGAGAGAGAGCCCUUACGAAUAUUUUACGAGUCAUUAUCGAAACAGAUACCUACAAGCGAAAUGGCAGAAUUUUGGAUGAUGGAACAUGGCUUGUUAUCCCCUGAAAGAGCCAAAAAGGCAUAUGAAAAGAAGCAAAGAAAGCAGAGGCAACUUCGCCUGGGAACUCCAGUUAAAUCUCAUCCUCCAAAACCCUCCAACAAACCAGAGAGUUCACAAAAACAGCAGCUGGCAUCUAAGAAUGGAGAUCUAAAAGCUAAGAAAAGAAUCAAUAAUGACAGUGACGAUGAUGAUGACUUCAUUUUGAGUACCAAGAGGAGGAAAGGGUAAGAGAAGCCUCCUCACUCUCUGUAGCCCUGUAUUUCUAGAAAUUGCUUCAUUUAGUUUCCUUUAGAUUCAACUUAUAGAAACUCCCAAAAAAAAGUACAAUUAAGACAUUCUUUUAUUUUCUCCAACUUCAUGAGAAUAAUUGUUUAGGACAGUUCCUGACAUGUUAGUUGCUGUAUGCUCUCUUUCAUUAUGUGAGAAUCUUACUUUUUAUCAAUUUAGCUUUACUUAUCAGAUCAUGAUUCC